CUUCCAUACCCAUCUCUCUUCUCCUCUUUCCCUAUUUCUCCCGCCCUUCCUCGCUCCUAUAAUUCUAUAACCUGCGUGAGCUCUGCGUGGUUCAUAUCAAAAGCUGAUGACCAACCAGAAUGUGAUGGCCCCUGAUUUGAAAUCACAAAUGAAUACCGUUAUUGCGGUGUUGAUGUCGAUUUCGAAUUCACCUAUGUUGCCCGGAGCAGGGGUCCCCGAAUCCAUGGCUGUGCUUCGUCAGUUUCUGGGGACAUCCCAGAAAAAGCUCAUGAAAAGGCUCAAGGACGGAGAAGGCAAAGGAGGAGCUAAGGUCACCUCCUGGGUCGAUUCAAUGAGAGCUUCUUCUCCGCCCAGAGUCAAAUCCACCGUCCAUGCUUGUGAAAACUCAGACAUAAGUUCUGGGAUUCUUCAUCAUCCUUCAGCGCUCAACGUGUUUGAUCAGAUAAUAUAUAAGUCAAGAGGAAAGAAGAUCAUAACCUUUCUUGACUACGAUGGAACUCUCUCCCCGAUUGUUGCAGACCCCGAGAAAGCAUUCAUGACCGAAAAGAUGAGAGAAACGGUGAAGGACAUUGCCAGACAUUUUCCCACAGCCAUCGUGACUGGGAGGUGCAUAGACAAGGUGUAUAACUUUGUAAGACUAGCAGAACUGUACUAUGCAGGCAGCCAUGGCAUGGACAUCAAGGGGCCAACGAAGACGCGAAACUCUGAGAAAGGCAAACGAGCAGUCCUCUUCCAACCUGCGAGCCAGUUCUUGCCCAUGAUCGACGAGGUGUUUAAAAUCUUGGUAGAAAAAACAAAGUCUGUUCCGGGGGCUAUGGUGGAGAAUAACAAGUUUUGCUUGUCCGUGCACUUCCGUUGUGUGGAAGAGAAGAGUUGGGUUGCAUUGGCAGAGCAAGUAAGAUCAGUGCUCAACAAUUAUCCAAAACUUAGACUUACCCAAGGAAGAAAAGUUCUGGAGAUCCGUCCAAACAUCAAGUGGGACAAGGGCAAAGCUCUUGAGUUUUUGUUGCGGUCACUAGGAUAUGCGAAUUCUAAAGACGUGUUCCCGAUUUAUAUUGGUGAUGACCGAACUGACGAGGAUGCUUUUAAGGUAGUCUUACGCAGCAGAGGUCAGGGGAUUGGGAUUUUAGUUUCUAAAGUCCCAAGAGAAACAGAGGCUUCCUACACUUUGCAAGAUCCAUCGGAAGUUGAGCAGUUUCUACGGCGUUUGGUGGAAUGGAAGAGAAGGAGGGUCAAUCCCACAAAAAGUUUGUAGGGACUUGUAGAUUGUAGAUAGGUUAAUGAGGUCAGUGAAGGAACUGAGACGACCACCCCCAGAAAUUUGAUGAAGGGUGGAUUGUAUCUUUAAAUUGUAUCAUUUUCAUGUUUCAAGAGUAGCAAAUAGUAUCAUUUUGACUUUGUGAGGGAA